AUGCCGGCUAUACCAGAACCCUGGGGCCCCUCUUCGCAUAUAUCGAACUCCAACGCGAAUGCUAUCCCCUCUAUUGCGGAUGACGCAUCUGUGUUACCUGUCCCCUCGCAUGUAGUGCUGCACCAUCUAUGCACGAGUGCGAUGCGGAACGGGGUGUUGGCUGUCGGGGAGACCAUUAGGUAUAGAAAAAAGUUCGUCACGACGAUAUACUACAAGCCUACUUCAUAG